AUGGCUACUCUGCUAAUUAAAGCAAGGUUUCGAAACGCUAAACGAAAUACAAUUUUUCAAGACGACCAGGAUCGAAAACAACAAACAAAAUUAGUAAGAAAUGCAGUGGAUCAACUUUUUAGUGAACGUAUAGAACCACCAGAUGGUGAUGCUAAAUUUGCUGAUGUAUGGCAAAUCGAAAAUGUAUCGGGAGUAGUUAAAGGAAACGUUUGUGGGAAAUUAUUUGACACAUCGGUUGAAUUAAAAGAAGAAAUCGAAAAAGAAUGGAAAACAUAUUUGAAGGAAAAAUGUGAAAAAAUGAUACAGGGAAUACCCUAUCGAUUACAAUUAGUUAUAGAAAACAAUGGAGAAGAUGUUCAUAAUUAUUGA